CCUCUGAACUGCUGCUCGUUCGUUCGGCAAUCGUCUGUCACCCCACAGACACUCUUGUGACCUGGGACACAUCUGUGCCGCACCUCAUCUACUUUCAAAAAGCUCUAAUUGAAGUUACAAGUGUUUUUAAGAGUGUUUUUACGGUUCUAGUUACAAAUUAACAAGAUUUCUACAUUAUGAAAACAAGAAAAUCCGGCUAAUCACCUGUGGCCUUUGAAAAUAGUCUAGGUGAGAGAGCAAGGCGUUUCUGAAUACGGGCACUAGUGCUUCCACAUCCACGCAACUUCUUGCUGAUUCAAACCCCUUAAAACAGAAACAGAGAGGGAAAACUACUUAAUUAAGGUGAUUUUCAAAAUGAAACGACAACGUAAACUGAACGGACCAUGUGACGUCAUCAGCUGUGACGUGAUGUCAUCGGCUGGAAGGGAGGAAGGUGAAUUCCGCGCAUAGCCGAAAGGAAGAAUGAGUGUAUGAUGAUCCAAGAAGGUACCAAACAAAUAAUAUCUCCACUGAAUCAAUGAGCUACCAAGGAUUCAACAUGUUUUCUGCAUUUCGCAAAUUAACGGGGCGGGCCACAGAGGGCUCGGCCAACACCACAUCCCCUCCAGGAAUGCAGACUAUGGCUGCAUCCCUCCAGCGCCGCUUUGCCCGUGGGGUCCAGUACAAUAUGAAAAUAGUGAUCAGGGGUGACCGCAAUGUGGGGAAGUCAUGUCUGUUUCGCCGCCUUCAGGGUCAGCCCUUCCAUGAAGAAUACAUCCCAACAGAGGAGAUUCAGGUGGCCAGUAUACAGUGGAACUACAAGGCCACAGAUGAUGUUGUCAAGGUGGAAGUCUGGGAUGUUGUUGACAAGGGGAAGAAGAAGAAAAAGAUUGAGGGCCUCAAGCUGGACAAUAGCACCCUGGAGUUUGAGGAGCCAGCCCUGGAUGCAGAGUUCCUUGAUGUAUACAAAGGCACCAAUGGUGUCAUCCUAAUGCUGGACAUGACCAAAAGCUGGACCUUUGACUACGUGCGGAAAGAGAUAGUGAAUGUGCCGAGCCACAUCCCGGUGCUGGUGCUGGCCAAUCACCGUGACAUGGGCCACCACAGAGUUGUCUCAGAGGAUGAUGUGCGCUUCUUUGUGGAUAGUCUGGAGAGGCCUGAAGGAGCUGCAGACAUCCGGUACACUGAAUCCUCAAUGCGAAAUGGUUAUGGCCUGAAGCUGCUUCACAAAUUUUUCAAUCUCCCAUUCCUUCAGCUGCAGCGAGUCACCCUCCUCCGGCAGCUGGAGACCAACACUGCUGAGAUUGAGGCCACAGUGCAGGAGCUAGACCUCUACCAAGAGAGUGAUGAUGCAGACUAUGACAUAUUCUUGAACCAGCUAACUGACCGGCGCAGGGUGAUGGCAGAAUCUCUUGGUCCUGUAGCUCAAGCUGCUGCACCUACAAAUACAGUGCCCUUCACACAGCUACAGACCCCAGGGAUGGCAGCAGCUGGCAGAGUCAGUCCCUCAGUCAAUGGUGUACCAAAAUCAGCAUCUAUGCCAGUAAGCCUUUCAUCAGCAGCUCCCACCUCUCAGCCUUCAUCUGCACCUUCUCCUGGCCAGCCACCCAGCACAUCCACUCCCAGCAAACAGCCUCCUAAGGCCUCCUCUGUGAUGAGUGCUUCAACAACAGUGAGCACAACUAUGACAUCCACCACCCCUAGUGUCACCAGCACCACCCCUACCAGUAGCACGCAAGCACCAAAGUCUUCCACACAGAGCCCAGAGAAGACCCAAGAAAAGACAAGCUUCAUGUCUCGCAUAUUCAGCAAGGGGAAAGAACAAGAGCAGCCCAAGGAGACAGCUUUGGUGCCAGAGGCUGCAGCAGCCUCUAUUGAGCCGGUGUCUGUGGAUGACUUUGUUCCUGAUGGUGGACGACUUGACCAGUCCUUCCUUAAUGAUGUGGUAUCAUCCUCAGUAAAGGAAUCAUCACCUGUACUGGUUGAAGAAGACAGUGAAGAUGAAUGUGAUGGAAAUCCAAUGGUAUCAGCCUUCCAAGUUGACCUUGAUCCAGAUGACCUUCAGAUGGGUUCAGGAGUGGGUAUUGUAGCAGAGGAGGAAGAGGAAAUUAAGGAUGAGUCUGAGGAUUGUAGGGAAGUAACUUCCACUACCAGUGAAAAACUUGUUGACUGCACUUUUCCAGGACAGAAUUUGAACAGUACCAAUAGUGAAGAGAUUAUAAGAACUAGUAACAAGAGUGCAAAGAGCAAGGCAAAUCCCAUGGUAACUGAAGUGCAGGAUCAGCAUAGCCCAUUCCUUGACUUUGAAGCAGAUUCAUUUAUCCUAACACAAAAUAAGCCUUCCAGCACUCUAACUGGGGUCAGGGAAACUGAGGAGGAAAAGGGGAACCACCUAGAUGAUUGGCUCAAUUCAGAUGAGGGCACUAUUGCAAAUCCUUAUGUCUCUACUUCCAACAUAAUGCCUGAGGGAGCUACACUGGAGGAUUCUGACCCUGAAGAAGGUCCACCAGCUGAAGGCAAUCGGAUCCUGGAGAAAGCAGAUCCUCUCAGUGGCAGCACAUCCAGGAGUGACAGUCCUGUGGAGUCUUCCGAGCGUAAGAAGAAACAUAAGAGGAAAGAUAAGGAUAAAAGAGAAAAGGAUGAAGAUAAAUCUGUCAUAAAGCGUAAGAAGAAAAACAAAGAUAAAGAUAAAGAAAAGGAAAAAGAAGGUGAAAAGAAGAAGAAGAAGAAAAAGAAAGACAAGGAUAAAGAUAGUCUGGAAGAAUUCUUCAAUGGAUCACCUGAAAAAGAGUUUGAUGAGGCUUAUGAAGCCAUUUAAUCCUGCCAUUGUUUUCUUGUUAUAUCUUUUCCAAAACAUUCAAAUGUGUAUAAUAUGAGUCCCAUAUUUCCUGCCAUAUGAUUUCUACUGGUUUAUGAAUGCUUACCUGUGAUUUGGUAAGGGUCAUUUACCUACCUAUCUAUAUACCAGGCUGGCAGUCCCACACUUGUUUUGCCCAGACAAAGCACCACACAUUCAUUCACACAUCAUUCACACUUCUUAGCUCUUGGCUCCUGUUGGAAAGGGAUAGAUUUGUGGACAACCCUACUGCACCACAAGGGUGUAAUUUUAUAAAUAAGAUUAACUAAAUUUUACUUAAAUUUGUAAGUAACAAGGUUUUUGGCAAUAUUUUGUAAGACAAGUGUUUAGAAUAAAACUAAGAAACAUUUUAGAUAAGGGAUAUUCAGAAACAAGGUUUGAUAUCAAGAAAUGAACACCUAAGACUUGCUGGUCAGGAGUUAGGGGUAUACACGAUUGUGGAUAAGCAUCUAAAACACAGUAAACACACAUUAAUUAUAAGUUCAGUCUGAAUAUGCUCUGUCUUUUUGAGGGAGAUGAUAGUAAUAUGGAAUGUAUUCACUUGUUUCUGCUUCAUGGCUUAAAAUAACUGACAGACCCUGGGUCUGAGAAGUAAAAUGUGUUGGGUGGUUUUUAAAAGCCAUUUUUUUAAAGAAAAGGUGUGUACAAUAUGGCAGGAAAUAUGGCAUUUGGAGCAGGUGAAGUUUUUAAGUAAUAUAAUCAAAGAAUAUGUGAAUUCAGCUUUUUUCUUUGUUCAUAGAGUAUCUCAUCUUCAUUGUUGACAGUAUGACUAAUUUCAUGAAGCUGUAGAAGAUUAGACACAGAAGGCUUUAUCAUAUUAUCAUAAAGAUUUUAUACAGAUCUGAAUUUCUUGGGAAUAUGUUAGACCAUCUUGUAAACACAAAUGUAUGAUACUUUCUCCCCAACAAUUGACUGUUCAUAGUGUUUUCAUGUUUUCCAGUCCUGGCAUAAAGAUUUUAGUGUUCUCAGACUAUUAAUGAAGUUGGCUGAUAAUGAGAAUUCAGAUUUUUUGCUACAUAACAUUUCAUUUGCCCUCCAAACUGCUUGUUCAAACGCUUACUGUUCAAUGUUUUAUUUAUGUUGGUGGUUAUUUUUGUACAAAUGCCUUUGGAGUAUUUUUCUAGAAAUAAUGAUUCCUGGAAUAUGAAAAUAGUAUAGUACUGAAAUACAGAGGGGAAUGUUUGAACACAGUAAUAUUUACUGAAUCAUGUCUUGUAGUGUCCUAUGGUGCAAGCUGUAUACAGUAUGCUGUCAUAAGUGAACCAUAUGAACAAAUCAUUGAGAAAUUGAAUUUUUUAAAAAUCUGCCAGCGUAAAAUAUCUAUCUAAUCUAGCUGUAGUAUCAAACAGUAAAUGUUUUAUUUAAAUGAACCUACAGUGAACAGUGAUAAAACUUAAGCAACUAACUUGAAAAGAGCUUCAUCAUCAUCAUUCACUUUUGAUUGGUUUUCAUUUUUCCACAAAACAUUUAAAGUAAGAUCCAUUUUUAUGUUAUAAUUUAGAGUUGUUGUUGUGUGUUUAAUUAUUAAUUAGUCAUUGGUUUUUGCAUUAAGUGAUGUAAUAUUUUAAAUUGAACAAAUUUUCAGUGUAAUACUUUAAUUUCUAGUUUACUCUGUUACUAUUUAGGGCAUAAAGCAUAAAAUCCUCUAGAUUUCAUGUAUUGCUGUAUUUCAUGAUGCUAAAUAUUUUAUUUUAUUUUAUUUACAAACAGUAGUUUGUGUGAGCUUGUGUCAAAGGUCAGGGUCAUCAAAAGGAUCUAAAGUUCUAAAAGUGUGGCAUGAUGAUAUUUGACAUGACGGUAGAAGACCAAGAUAAUUCAUUCCAAAGCCAAGUGAGUGAUAGCACUAGUAAGCACAUGCCCAAGGCCAAAUUGCAUUAUUAUGAUUUCAUUGUUGAUGUCUAAGAUGAUCAGCAAGAGUUCUUUGAAGUCUGAUGAUAAUUAUGGUGAAAAAAUAAAUUUGCAUUUCAUACAUUAAUAUCAUCAUGGUAAUAUUCAUGAUUCAGAUUUUGUAUUUUCACUGUUUCUGAGUACAUUAAUUUAAAGAUGUCUGAACCAAUUUCUAUUAGGGAAAGGAGACUAGCAAAGCUAUCAAAAUGAAUCUUAUGAAAAAUUAAUGUUGGCACUUGAAAGGAGGAAAGAAAGAAAAUAAGGGAAUUUCAGAAAUUCAAGAUGUCUCAUUGCUCUGCAUGUGAAGGAGGUUACAAACUGUAGGCAAGUAGAAAAGCCUUGUUUUUCUAGGGGAUUUGAACUUGGAAUAUUAUUCAACAGAUUUCAUCCCCAUUACUUGUGUAGAAUUCUCUGAUCCCAAAAUAGCCAGUUCCUCUUACUCAGGAAGCUGUCCAUGACACUUAUGAACAGUGAAUUAUGCAAAUGUGAUUUACCUUCUUUGUCACAGUUCUCCCAGCAACAGUGCUGCUUGUUAACUCCAUGUUGUAAGACUUGCUGUAUGGAGAAUGCCAGGCAUGUUACACAUCUUGCAACUGACAGGGAGUGUAUCAUAAAAGAUAUAGAUAAGCUUCUUAUUUACAGCUUUAUUUCAUAAUCAUUAGAAAUGAGUAUCUUAUUAUUGCCUUAUUUACAUAAGUACAAAUUAUAAAGCUUAUUUUAGCUAUGAUACUAUAUAAUGCAUUUGCUUCUUCAUGCUGGUGGGUUAAGAAGCAGGGUGGUGUGUAUAAAACAAUAGUAGUUGAUUGGUUAUUGUAUUGAUGAGGAUAGUGGUGGGUGUUAGUCACUUUCUGUUUAAGACAAGUUUAUUUCUUCCUAUGCUGUUGUCUUCAUAAAUUGUUGUUUGUUGCUGUUUGUGGUACAUAUUUUGCCCCAUAGUUGUCUUAAAUUAUUUAAUCAGUUGAUACAAUCAUUUGCCAUGUGUUCAUUCCCUACAGGGAGCCUGGAGGCUGUGGUGUUGAGGUACUGGACAAGAACACACUACACUGUGUUAAUAGUGAUUCAUCAGGUCAUCCACUGGAAGUGGUUACAGUUUUUACAAACCAUAAUGUUUUGAAUUUCAUAAUAUACUGUUAAAUAUAUAAAGAAAGUGAUAUUUUAAAUUUUAAAGUUUGUAUGUUUUACUGAUGUUUAUAAAUGUUCAUUUUGUAUAUAUCUAAUAUUUUCCUAUUCUUAAGUAAUAUCUGUGAUUUAGCUAAUAAAGGACCAUACUGAUUAAUUUUGAAUUAAAGAUAUGCAUGUACGAUGCAUAACUGACUCGGAUGAAGAUAUUUAUACAUGUAUACAGGCAAAUUAUUUACAAAAAUUACUUUCUAUAAUAAAACAGCUAUCAAAAAUUUGCAAAUUGGAAUAUCUUUUUCUACAUUAAUUUUUGUGAAAAUAAAUCACUUAAAAUGCCAUAAAACAAAAUAAAGGUACUAUUUAUCAUGCAUUUGUGACAUUUUAUGCCAUAAAAAUUGUGAAAUUUCCCAUUUCAUUAAAAAACACUUCAAGUUUUGGAAAGGACAGUGUAAAUUUGCUUGUUACCAUUUAAUUGGCAGAAGUCGGUAGCCUUGACAUGGAAGUACAUGAUCACAAACUUCAAUUUUGUAUGGUUAAUGAUGACUGAAAUGAAAUGCACAGCUGUAUCAUAAAAAUCUACCAAAGAAUCUAUAAAAAACUAGGCUGCAAAAAGUUGAUUCAUAGAAUUUAUAUUUUGCUACUUUAUUUUUACAAGGUAAAAAAUUUUAAUUUGUAAGUGGAGGCUCUGCAUUUUUUUUUUUUAUCAUGAUGAAGAAAAAUUCAUGAUUUAAAAAACUAUGAGCUUCAACAUUCAUAAACUGAUGUUUGCCUGCCUGCAUGUAUACAUGUACACACACACACACACACACACACACACAGAUAUAUAUAUAUAUAUAUAUAUAUAUAUAUAUAUAUAUAUAUAUAUAUAUAUAUAUAUAUAUAUAUAUAUAUAUAUAUAUAUAUAUAUAUAUAUAUAUAUAUUGUAUGUAUAUUGUAUGUAUGUGUAUGCAUAUAUGCAUCUACAUGCAUACCUGAAUAAUGGACUCUUUGUUUUAAGGUUUAGUGCUCCAUAUUUCUAAAGUAGUUUUUUUUCUGUUUAUAGACAAAACCCAACAGUGAUAUUGGCAUCUGGAAGCACUGUUGGUGACAAGAAGCCAUGUAUAUGGUGCUUAGUUGCUUUAAGGAAUCUGUGUAUUUCAUGGAAUGACUGGUAAGUGACAUAAAGCAGAACUGUGAGUCAUGUCAAGCAUGGAUUCAUGCAGGUUUGGUAAAAUGUUUGGUGAUGAUCUGGUGUUACUGUCUCACAUAGUGAGAUUUGGAUGUUGUGUUUAAUGUUUAUUGGGCUUCCUUUUUAGUUAAAGGAAUUUAAAGUUUACUGUGGGGUAUGACAUGGAAGUAUAAACCUGUUUGCAUUUAAUAUUAAGUUUGCUGUUACAGUGUAGGCAUAUGGAAGACAUGAAAUCAUUGGUUAUAGUUGAGUUGCAUUGACUAUGGUUAAUUUUAUCACCGGGGUAUGAGAUGGACCAAAAUUUCUAACUUGGCUCUCUUUUAUUUAACUACUUCAUUUGAUUUUUGCCUUUAAUUUUUUUUUUUUUUUUUUGUUUAUUUUAGUUUUUAUCACAUGACUAAUCUCAUGUUGAAAGUGAGUUCAUAUAUCAAACUGCUUUAAAUGACAUAGCAAGGACAAAUAUUGGAAGUACUGAUGGCCCCUCAUAAAGGUAUCUGUUGAACUACCUAUAUACAAUGAAGCAGUGUUACACACAGCUAUAACAGGUUAAAGUGGUACUGAGUUCUUAUGAAUUUAAGGGAGACCAUGCAAGAUUGCUGGUGAUGAACCUACAAUCCUGUAUGGUUUCCCUAAUAUUUACAAGGACUGUAUUGCUUUGACCCAUUAUGACUGGCUUCAUAUAACAUUGCUAAAUUUAUUGUCUCACUCCUAUGCCAUUUUACCUACAUAAUACUAUGGGGAGAACAGGACUAUAGAGCAAGGCUUUUCCCAAUAGCAACAUGCAUACUGGCAGGAAAACUGAGCACCUUGUAAAAUUUAGGUAGUCAGUAAGAAAAAUGGUAGAUACUACAUUUGAUUACCAUUAAUGCUAAUGUAUCUUGGGUGGAAAUAAUUGAAUUAAACAAGAGUAAACAAGUGUCCUACAUUUUCUAUCUGAAAGAUAAAGAGAAUAAGUUAAAUUUCAUAAAAUUUUGGAAACACCCCACACAAACUCUAGGAUCCAAUCUAGAUGAUCUCUGUGUAGCUCAGGCCAAGGACUGUUUUCAUCUCCUAUGACUGAUACAGACAAUAAGUGACUGUGACUAAAAGAUUUACUGAAUGGAGCUAAAAAAAUUUCCAGUUUCAUGUAUAAUUUUUCUAUAUAUUUCUAUGUAUAAUUUUUCUAUAUAUUUCUAGCAUACAGGAAAUGUUUCUUUGUGGUAAAUAAGUGUUUUUCCCUCUCAUCUGCUCCAUUAAAGAAUCUCAAGGGUGACAUUAAAAACACAAUAUACAUAGUUGGUUUGGGAUUUUGGAAGCAGAAAGAGGAGUGUACAUACCUGAAGCCACUGCAUUGCCCUUCUUGGUGUUGUGCUAUCUUAAGGAAUGUUGGGAGUGAAUAUACUCUAAUUAUAGUCUUCCAUGAAAGAGAGAUAAAGUGUUGGAAAGGUUCUAGUAAUAAGUCAAGGAUUGUGUAACUUUUUAAAGUUUAAUUUGAUAGUGAUUUUAAUUUGAUUUUGAUCUUACUUGUAAAUUAAAAUUUAUUGAAGAGUUCCUAAUUAUCAGACAUUUGAUUGGAAGAUAUGAUGUCUUGAAAGCAAAUUUGUAUGAUAUGAAUGAUGAUGAAAUCAACCCAACAUUAUAACUGCCUUCUUUAUAUUAGUUUGUAUAUGGUUUGAAACAUGAUUGAUUAGAAGCAGCAGCUGAUUUAGAGAUAAACUUUUAAUUUUAAAUUUACUUUUGUAUGUCUGCUUUAAGUAUAAAUUUGUAUUAAUACUCCUCUGUGGAAAUUUUUAAAGUGACUUUUAUCUGCUUUUCAGUGGAUAAAUAUAUCUCAUUGC